AUGAGCGAGCAUGAGAGCUCCGUAGAAUCCAUCGAUAGAUGGAGUUGGACGCCGCUUUUGCGCCACGCUGAGCGCUCCCACCGACGCCUCCCAGGCAUUAGAAAGAUCCCGCUGCGAGCGCUGGGAAUCAUCGGGCUCAUCGCUUUUCUCAAUGUGGUGGUAUGGAUUGCAGCGGCUAUUGUCGCUUUAAUCCGUACGUCUGUGGAGCACCUAGGCCCGACUGGCCUUUAUGAACGUGUAGAUACUGACACUGCCAUCAGAUCCUUGGUGUCGACUGCGGCCCUCGCCUACUCGCUGGGCCUCCGCCAUGCCUUCGAUGCGGACCACAUCUCGGCCAUCGAUCUCAUGACUCGACGACUUCUGGCAACGGGCCAAAAGCCAGUCACCGUCGGGACCUUUUUUUCUCUUGGGCAUUCCACGAUUGUCAUCAUCACUUCCAUCGUGGUUGCUGCCACUGCUGCUGCCGUGUCCUCUCGGUUUGAUAGCUUCAGCACCAUCGGCGGGAUUAUCGGGAGUUCCGUCAGCGCUGCGUUUCUGAUCCUACUGGGCCUUAUGAAUGGCUACAUCCUGUACAAGUUGAUCAAGCAGAUGCAGAAAGUCUUCAUGUUGCGGGAGGGCGAAGAAGACGAAGCAUGGAAAAUCGAAGGGGGAGGCCCUCUCUUCUCUGUGCUGAAGAAAAUGUUCAAAAUCAUCGACCGGCCGUGGAAGAUGUAUCCGCUGGGAAUUCUAUUUGGCCUAGGUUUUGAUACUUCUUCCGAGAUUGCGUUGCUGGGGAUCUCCUCAAUUGAAGCGGCCAAGGGCACUUCGUUCUGGGUGAUUCUUAUUCUUCCUGCUCUGUUUACCGCCGGGAUGUGCUUGCUAGAUACAAUUGAUGGGGCCCUCAUGUUCUCGCUGUACAUUCAACCGGCCGCCAAUUUCUUGCCGCCCAAACCCGACGAGACGACCUCGGAAGAAGAGAUUGAAACUUCUGCAGAAUUGGCGCAAACGGCUGCCAAUCACAGAGACCCGGUGGCAUUCCUGUACUACUCGAUUGUCCUGACUUGUCUGACUGUAAUUGUGGCCAUUGUGAUCGGGGUCAUUCAACUGCUGACCAUGAUCCUGAACGUCACUGAUGCAAAGGGAAAGUUCUGGGACGGCGUCCAAACUGCCGGUGACUACUACGAUGCAAUCGGCGGUGGGAUUUGUGGCUGCUUCAUAAUAUUUGGCGGGCUGAGUGUCCUGGUAUAUAAACCCUGGAGACGGUGGAUGGAUCGUCGACACGGUCGCCCGGGUCCAGUUCUGGAUGAAGAAUCUCAAUGA